UAGAGUGUUGGCGAUCGAAUUGAAACCCUAAAAUGGACUAUAUAAAUGUAGGCGCUGUUAUUGUAAAUCGGUUUUAGGGCUUCAGCAGAAGAAGAGGAAGAUAACGAGAGAGAAGAUGCAGAUCUUCGUGAAAACCCUAACGGGGAAGACGAUAACCCUAGAGGUAGAGAGCAGUGACACCAUUGACAACGUCAAAGCGAAGAUUCAGGACAAGGAAGGAAUCCCACCGGAUCAGCAGCGAUUGAUCUUCGCCGGAAAGCAGCUUGAAGAUGGACGAACUCUUGCUGACUACAACAUCCAGAAAGAAUCCACUCUUCAUCUUGUGCUGAGGCUUCGUGGAGGGAUUAUAGAGCCGUCUCUGAUGGCUUUGGCACGCAAAUACAAUCAAGACAAGAUGAUUUGCCGCAAAUGUUACGCUCGCCUUCAUCCAAGGGCUGUAAACUGUCGGAAGAAGAAAUGCGGCCAUAGCAAUCAGGUCUUUCUACUUUGUCCCCUUUGUUCUAUUCAUUUAAUUUUCCAACUAAAGCAAACAUGAUCGUUACAUUGCUCUAUUUAUUUAAAGUUUGUUUGACACUUUUUUUAGAACAUAAGAAAUGUGUUUGAAGAAAAUUGAGGUGCUUUCCAAAAUUUAGACAGUACUUUUAAAAAGUUGAAACAUCAGACCAAAUGCACUCUUACUUUAGGAUGAACCAUUAGAAUCUGACUUUGGUAUGCAGUGCACCAUGCAAAACUCAAAUCAUUUGUUUCUUUUUGCAGCUGAGGCCUAAGAAGAAGAUCAAGUGAGCUCUGGGUGGCUGUUGGUUUUGUGCUUUGGAUUAAUAUUGAUUUGUAAUUUUGAUUGAGGCAAGCAACUGGUUUACAUUUGAAUGAAAUCCGUUGAUCAAUUUUGGGUUA